GGCGGGGCCUGGGGCGAGGAGACCCCCGCUCUCCCGACUCUGCUUCAGUAAAGUUCGCACAGGGUCUCAGCCGUGGAGCUGAGGGGGACGCGGGGAAAUGGUGAGUGAGGCCGGCGGGCCGAGGGCGGGGAGGGGCAGCGGUAACCCGACGCGACUGGAGCGGGCCGCUGCCUCAGCGUUGGAGUCUGCGCGGGAGAGCGUCGCUGGCUCGGCAAGGUUCGGCGCCACUCGGCUCCUCUCGGCUCCACUCGGGACUCAGUGGCUUUUGAGGAUGUGGCUGUGAACUUCACCCGUGAGGAGAGGGCUCUGCUGGACGAUUCCCAGAAGGAACUGUACCGAGAUGUGAUGCAGGAAACCGUCACUAACUUGGCUUCUAUUGGGGAGAAUUGGGAAGACCAGAUCAUUAGGGAUCAAGCAAAAUUCAGGGAAGAAACAUAAGUGCUCAUGUGGAACAGAGACCCCAUGAAUGGAAGAGUCCGUGUAGGGAAGUCUGCACCCAGGCUCUGGUUCUCAGACAGAAGAAUAUUCUUCCUGGAGGAAAAGCCUGUGAGUGCGCUGUAUGCGGAAAACUCUAUUCCUGUCGCUCCUCUCUGAAAAGGCACAUGCGGUGUCACAGCGAGCAUACACUGUGGGAGAGUCACGGGGACGGGGACCGGCAUACCAGUGCAAGGAAUGUGGGAAGACAUUCAGCUGUCGAAGUUCAUUUCAAACACACAAGAGGACCCACGCUGGAGAGAAGCCCUAUGAGUGUAAGCAGUGUGGGAAGGCCUUCAGCUGGCCUAGCUCCUUCCGGAUCCACAGGAGGACUCACACCGGAGAGAAGCCUUGUCAGUGUAAACAGUGUGGGAAAGCUCUCAGUUGCCCCACGUCGUUUCGAAGUCACGAGAGGAUUCACACUGGAGAAAAACCAUAUAAAUGUAGAAAAUGCGGCAAAGCCUUUACUUUCCCCAGUUCCUUUCGCAAACAUGAAAGAAUUCACACUGGAGAGAAGCCUUACGACUGUAAGGAGUGUGGGAAGGCCUUCAUUUCUCUCCCAAGCUUUCGAAGGCACAUGAUAAUGCACACUGGAAACGGGCCUUACAAAUGUAAGGAGUGUGGGAAAGCCUUCGAUUGUCCCAGCUCAUUCCAAAUUCACGAGCGCACACACACUGGAGAGAAUCCCUAUGAGUGUAAACGGUGUGUGAAGGCCUUCAGCUGCUCCAGUUCUGUUCGAAUCCAUGAACGGACUCACACAGGGGAGAAGCCCUAUGGGUGUCAGCAGUGCGGGAAGGCCUUCAGAUGUUCUCGCUCCUUUAUAAUACAUGGAAGAAUUCAUAAUGGACAAAAAGUUCGGUGGAGGUCGGAGCCUGCUGUCUUGGGUCUUGUGGUCGUUCCGAGGCUUCUGUUGGGGACAGCUGUGCUGGUGGCGGAGACCGAGUUGCAGGACGCUCCCAGACCCAUCAUGGGGCCGGUGUCAUUUGAGGACAUAGCCGUGGACUUCACCUGGGAGGAGUGGCAGGACCUGAAUGCUGCCCAGAGGACCCUGUACAGGGACGUGAUGCUGGAGACCUACAGCAGCCUGGUGUUCCUGGACCCCUGCAUUGCCAAACCCAAGUUGAUCUUCAAGUUGGAACGUGGAUUUGAGCCGUGGAACCCAGCAGGAGCUUCAAGCUGGAGCCGUCCAGGUGUUCAUAGUGUGAGUACUCCGAUUGACACCAGCAAGAAAGGUCCUAAGAAACGUUUGCAGCAACCCAGAAUAACUGACCGAAAGACACCAAACAGAGUCACGACUGAAGCAGAACGAAAGGCUCAACAGGAAGUCACCAAAGUGACAGCGUCCUGUCAUGGCAGAGCACCUAUAAAAAGUUUGUGCGACAAGUUACCGAAAGCCAAGAACCAGUCAUCGUGCAGGGAUGGAAAGCUGUAUGAAUGUGAGGAGUGCGAGAGAGUUUUCUGUAAUAAUUCAACCCUAAUUAAGCAUUCCAGAAGAACUCAUAAUGCAUACAAACCCUAUAAAUGUGACAAAUGCAGUAAGAAGUACUACUGGAAGUCAGACCUCAGGUCUCAUCAGAAGACUCACAGACAGGAGAAGAGGACCUAUGGGUGCAAAGAAUGCGGAAAGGCUUUCUUCCGCAAGUCUCACCUCAAUGCACACGAGAGAACCCACUCAGGUCAGAAGCCUUACGAGUGCCCAGAAUGCAAGAAAGCGUUCUAUUACAAGUCUGACCUCAACCGACACAAGAAGACUCACUUGGGCGAAAAACCUUUUAAAUGUGACGAGUGCAAGAAAGCUUUUUCUCGAAAGUCAAAACUCGCUAUCCAUCAGCAGACCCACACGGGCGAGAAACCAUAUGAAUGCACGGACUGCAAGAAAGCUUUCUCCCAUAAGUCACAGCUCACGGCACAUCGGAUCGCUCAUUCCUCUGAGAAUCCUUAUGAAUGUAAAGAAUGCAAUAAAUCUUUCCACUGGAAGUGUCAACUCACAGCACAUCAGAAAAAGCACACAGGUAAGUAUGGGGAUACGAAUUAAAACUGAUAACACUCCUGCAUAUGUAUCUAAUAAAAUGAGGCAAAUCUUUGCAUACUACAACAUAAAGCAUGUAACUGGUAAACACACGAUCCCACAGGACGAGCAAUUAUAAAAAGAGCCAACUGGGGCUGGUGAGAUGGCUCAGCGGUUAAGAGCACUGACUGCUCUUCCAGAGGUCAUGAGUUCAAAUCCCAGCAACCACAUGGUGGCUCACAACCAUCCUUAAUGAGAAACAAAUAAAAAAAAAAAACCCUGGACCUGAGCAAGUGGAGGGGUUGGAGCAAGAGGGAGAAGGGAGGGGGGGGGGAGAUCUGUAAAAUGAGUCAAUCAAUGCUUAUUAAACAAAAAGUGUUAAAAACCUCCGGGGACAGACUAAAUAAUGCUUUGUUAACUCUAAUUUUUCUUAAUAUUGGUGAAAAAGGAAAAGCAGCAGCUGAGAAACACUGGGUUAUUGAAAAACCUGAGGCACAGGGCCACUGAUGUACUACAGGGAUGUGUGGACCUUAGAGUGGAAACCUGCAAUUGUGUUAAGAUGGGGGCGGGGUCAUGCUCAUGUGUCUCCAGGGAAUGAGAAAAUAUGUGGCCAACAAAACUUAUCAACUGAGACAUGAAUGUCUUCACAAGCAAAUAGCCCAGCUGAUUCAUUCUGAGAGACCCCAAUUCAAAAAUGUAAAGGUUUUUAGACCCCUAACAAACAAGCCUCAACAUGCUCACUCAACAAGCGGCCUGACUUUGAGAAAGAACCCUUGAGGGUCAAGUACAUCCUGACCUCGGAAAUAGCUGACAUUUGCGUAACUGAUUCUGAGACUCCCCGUUUCAGGAACUAGCUGACCAAAAAGAAUGUCUGAAUGACUGCCUUGUGACUAUCUUUACGAGGUUUAACUAUACCGUGCUCCAGAUAAUCCCUAACCUUCCUUAAGGAAUAAACUAUUGCCUGACUUCCUCAUUCUGUACUUCCCCAUUCCAUGCAUAAUUUGUCCUCCACCCCUUGCCUGGUGAAUUCUUUUCUUUUUCCUCCACUCCCUGCCUUGUGAUUUUUCCCUUUUAAUACCCCUGACUCCAGUUACUGGGUGUCGAUCUCCUCUGGCCCUGCGUGGUUACGAGGCAACCCUAGUGCACUGGUUCCUCCUGAAUAAACCUCGUGUGUUUGCAUCAAGAA